AUGCGCAGGCGCAAUGUGCCUACUGGUGUUUCCCCGAUCCUUUUCAGCACUGCCUUCCGGGGAAAAGGCGUGGCUGGGAGGGCGGGGCAUGGUCGGGGAGACGCCGGGCGGGGUUGCAAGACUCCGCGCUCAGCUACCAUCGCUGGGUGGUCAACAAGCGCGGGCCUGGCGGAGCGUGGCGGCGCGCGGAGACCGCGAGGCGACCGGGAGCGGCUGGGCCCCCGGCGGCGCGCCUCUCGGCUAGGCCGGGAGCCGCGCCAGUCGGAGCCCCCGGCCGACCGCGGCCCGCCUGCCUCUCAGCGUCCAUCCGUCCGUAUUGCAGCCAGCGGGCAUGACCGACCCACCAGGGGCGCCGCCGCCGGCGCUCUCAGGCCGCGGGUGAAGAAGAAAGUCCAGCCCCGCUCGGCCCGCAGCGAGGAGGUGGUCCGGAGCGAGGAGGUGGUCCGGAGCGAGGAGGUGGCCCAGAGCGAGGAGGUGGCCCGGAGUGAGGAGGUGGCCCAGAGCGAGGAGGUGGUCCGGAGCGAGGAGGUGACCCAGAGCAAGGAGAUGACUCGGAGCGAGGAGGUGACCGGGGAGGAAAUGGCGGCAGCCGGGCUCACCGUGACAAUCACCCACAGCAAUGAGAAGCACGACCUUCAUGUUACCCCCCAGCAGGGCAGCAAUGAACCAGUUGUCCAAGACCUGGCCCAGGUUGUUGAAGAGGCCACAGGGGUUCCACUGCCUUUUCAGAAACUCAUAUUUAGAGGAAAAUCUCUGAAGGAAAUGGAGACACCAUUGUCAGCACUUGGAAUACAAAAUGGUUGCCGGGUCAUGUUAAUUGGGAAAAAGAACAGUCCAGAGGAAGAGGUUGAACUAAAGAAAUUGAAAGAUUUGGAGAAGUCUGUGGAGAAGAUAGCUGACCAACUAGAAGAGUUGCAUAAAGAGUUUGCUGGAAUCCAGCAGGGUUUUCUGGCCAAGGAUUUGCAAGCUGAAGCUCUCUGCAAACUUGAUAGGAGAGUAAAAGCCACAAUAGAGCAGUUUAUGAAGAUCUUGGAGGAGAUUGACACACUAAUCCUGCCAGAAAAUUUCAAAGACAGCAGACUGAAAAGGAAAGGUUUGGUGAAAAAGGUUCAGGCAUUCCUGGCUGAGUGUGACACAGUGGAGCAGAACAUCUGCCAGGAGACCGAGCGGCUACAGUCUGCAAACUUGGCCUUGGCCAAGUGAGGUGCAGCAGAGAAAGGCUAUACUGCCCUAAAGAACAGUACCACCAGCUCUGCCCUCUCUGGAAGAGAAGUUUCCUGAUUUCUCCAGGGCUGCCAGGGGACUCUUACACCAGUUCUCAAUGAAAAAGUAUUGUCUUUGUGAUCUUAAGUAGAGCACCUGUCUGUUUUCUUGUUCUGUGUGUCACUAUGCUGUCCAGCAGCCCAUCUCUUCUGGAGGGGGUCUCCCCUGCCCAAGUUUUCCCAGCUCUUUUGACUUUUGGGUGCUUUCUUUGGGCUAGUUAGAGCUCCUGGUUUGUCCUGGGCUAGUUCUGGGUUUAUAGUCCACCUUGGUCUUCAGAUACAUGAGGGCUUUUUUGUCUUUGUGAUCCCAUAGUCCCAUAGAUGUAAAACCAGAAUCAGCAGGAGUUUGCAUCUAGUCAGGAAUGGUGGGAAUGGCUUAGAACAAGUGUUUGGCACACAAGUAGUCUAGAUAUCCCUCAUGGUGACCUAAUUCCAGAACAUCUGGCUGGGUUGUUUAUAGAUCUUAUCCUCACCUCCCAGUGACCCUGCCUAGCCACAGGCCUGAGAUAUCAGGGGGCCAUUCCUGGGAUGAGGCUUGUGGUUGAUGGAUGGACUUCCUUGUCCCCAAGCAAAUCUUUGGAAGGUUAGAACCCAGUGUUGAGUCUGCUUGAAACCAGACUGGAACCAUGGCUUAGGAAGACAAAGAGGGGGAGCCAGAGUGAGUGAAGCAGGCAGGUGGUGAAGCCAACCAUAAAGGUCUCAGGAGUGACAUGUGCCUCCUUCAAAGGCGUUUCUGUUAGUCAUGCCUUUCUGAGAUCUAUAUUUCCUUCAAGGCUCUUCCUGUCCAUUUUGUGGACUAUUCCCUGUCAUUGUUAUUAUAUGCCCAUCAUCGAGCAGAAGAGGGUUUUGUUUUUGUUUUUGAUUGAUGAGGAAAAACCUUUUAUGGCUCUAGUAGUAAUUUAUGUUUAAGAAAGUUAAGAGUGGCCCUGCAUGCUAGAACUCUUCUUAAACUGGUCAGCUGCUGUCACCUCCUUCUUCAACACAGUGCUCAGGUGACAGAUUCCUACCAGGCCACUCAUUUGGCAGAGCAGGAGUCAUUGAAGUGUCAGGAAUUUAGGACUGGGUGGGUAAGACCUUAGACAAGGCGAUGGUAGAGAUGGACGCAUGGACGAGGUUCAGGGCCUAGCCCACCCACCCUCAGCUUUAAUCAGAGUGGUUCACUGUCGAUCUGUUUUUAUAUAGUAGCUGGGUGGCCUUGGGCCACACAACACUUAAUGACAAGUUACUGUGUCCUGGACACUGUUUUAAGUUCUUUAUAUAUACACUCGUCAUUUAAUUCUCACGUAACCUAAGAGGUAAACAGUUAUUAUCCCCAUUUAGAGAUAAGGAAACUGAGAGAACUUAGGUAAUUUUCUCAAGGUCGUAGAAUAAAUGGAAAAGCCAGGGCACAAAGCUGGGCAGCUUGAUUUCAGAGCCAGUGCUUUUAAUCUCUACUGUAGUGCGUUGCAACCAACGUGGGGUUGCACAUGCCUGUGCUCUUCCUCUCUCUUCCUCUCUCCUCCUAUGUUAGUGUCUCCAUCACUUCUCUGGCCCUCUCCAGUUCGUUCUCCACAGAGCAGCCUGAGUGAUCAUAAAGUGCAAAUCUUAAUCAUGGUAGUCCCUUUUUUAGAAACCUCCAAUGGCUCCCCAUUCUCUUAGAAUAAAGGCCAAAGUCCUUACCCCAUGCCUUCUGGUAUCUUAUUUCAAGCCUUUCUCUUAUUUGCUCUCUGCUGUCCACCACUCUGGUCUUCUUUCAGGUCCUCAGAUGCAUAGUGCCCUCUCAAGCAUGGUGCUCUCUCCUGCCCGGGGGUCUUUGCACAUGCUGCUACCUCUGCUUGGACAGCUCCUCACCAUCCUUCCUCCACCCCCACCACUUCUGUAGGUAGCUCCUAGUCAUCCUUCAGAAUUUAACUCAAAUGUCUCUUCCAUGGAGAAACCUCACCUACUGUCCAAAACCAUAUCAGCCCCCAUAUGGUAUCCUCUCAUGGCUUCCCAUAACUUUCACAGCAUUUAUCAUAGUCCAUGAUGGCUUAUUUGUGGGAUUAUUUGAUUAGUAUUUGCCCUUAAUACUAGACUGUAAGUUCCUUGGGUGAAGGAGCUUCUUUGUCUUGUUAACAGCACAUUGUCUUGUAUAUAGUGGGAUCUCAAUAAAUAUUUGGAGAAUGAA